AUGCGAAAAGAAACAUUAACUUGUUUUAUUCUAAUUAUUUCUCUUCAACAAAUACUUGGACAUGGACGAAUGGAGGAUCCACCUGCUCGAAAUGCUGCAUGGCGUUUCGGUUUUAAUAUUCCCGCUAAUUAUGAUGAUGUUGGACUAAAUUGUGGUGGUUUAAGUAUUCAAAAAGCAAAUGGUGGUAAAUGUGGUGUUUGUGGUGACUCUUAUUCUGGUUCACGAGAUCAUGAAGUAGGUGGUAAAUAUGCAACGAAUAUCAUUGUUCGAAAUUAUAUGUCAGGUUCAUUAAUUGAUGUAAAAAUCUUGUUAACAGCAAAUCAUGUAGGAUUUAUGGAACUUCGUUUAUGUCCAGCAUUAGAUCCAAAUAGUGAAGUAACACAAGAAUGUUUAGAUAGAAAUCUACUUCAUAUAGAAGGUUUUGGUACACAAUAUCCAGUUAAUGAAGGAAUAGAUUCAAUUUUUUUAAGAGCUCAUUUACCCGAUGGUUUAUCAUGUUCACACUGUGUAUUACAAUGGCGUUAUCAUGCUGGAAAUAGUUGGGGUACAGAUAUUAAGACAAGAAAAUCAUGUCUUGGCUGUGGUCAUCAAGAAGAAUUUUACAAUUGUGCUGAUAUUAGUAUUGCUUCUAACGAUAAUGAUUUAUUAUUAUCUUUACCAACAACUACUGUAACACAAGAGUCAUUGUUUGCUUUUCCAUUUUUUGAUUCAUUUGUUUUUCCUUCGGGUAUCGAACGCUUCCCUAUGUUUGCUUAUCCAACCACGACUACAACUGAACCGACGACGACAACUACAACUACAACUACAACAACAACAACAACAACAGCAAUGAAUAUUAUAUUUCCACUUCGUCCAUCAAAAGAAUUUAUUAAUCAAAUAAAUAAAAACAAUAAAACACGUCGUUGUUAUCCAACUCAUGAAGUUCUUAAACCAAUAGUUGGUAUAGAACACUGGUGUUUGCAUUUAUGUGCUGUACAUUGUCCACCAACAUUAUGUGCUUGUAUCCAAAUUUAA